AUGUUAAGGAUUCUUUCUCCAACCUCAUUGGUGGAGUUCUUAAGGUUAUUACAAUUCAACGUGGACAAAUCUCUUGCCUCCUCACCAUCAAACCUCCUACACUGUUGUGGAAAAGAUAAGAGUCUCUUCCUGGGAGGAUUGAGCAUAUCUUAUCUCUCUGCCGCUCCACAUAAUGCUGAAGUAAUUGUUGAUGGGUCUGUGGUAAGGAGUGGGAGGAACUUGACAGUAGUUGCAGUUGAGUUUAGACAUAAGGAAUCAGGGCGACUGGCAUUCAUAACUCGUGCUACAUUCUAUAAUAUGCCCAUUGCAAGUUUAUGA